AUGGAAAGGAGCCUUACAAAGGGAGAAAUCGUCGAAGCUUGGAGCAACUCCGUUCAGGCAUGGAUCCCUGGCACCGUGGUCUUAGAAGCCCCGACGGCACCCUGCAGCAUCGAUGGCCAACAGAUUCCAGCAGGUUUCAUCAAGCUUGGAUAUCCUGGCGGUGCCACCAAGUGGGUUCCGCCCGAGCAAGUUUUGAACAUCAUCCGGCAGUCGAACACGUCCCAGACGUCCGGAUAUCCGGAUCAGAGAAUGGAACGGAGCUUUGCAAAGGGAGACACCGUCGAAGCUUGGAGCAACUCCCUUCAGGCAUGGAUCCCCGGCACCAUGGUUUUAGAAGCCGCAAAGGCCCCCUGCAACAUCGAUGGCCAGCAGAUUCCAGCAGGUUUCGUCAAGCUUGGAUAUCCUGGAGGCGCCACCAAGUGGGUUCCGCCCCACCAAGUUCUGAACAUUGUCCGGAAGUCGAGCACUUCCCAAACGUCCGGGACGUCCGGGAAUCCAGGGACGGCGCAGCCCAAGCCAGCCAAACCGGUGCUUUCUGAUGCAGACGCCGAUGAGGCCGAGUAUUCUUUGACAGACCCGAACAGCUUGGCCGAGUUCUUGCGGCAUGCCAACAUACGCUUGGUCCGUGCUGGGUACUUAUACCAGCUGCUUCGCUUGAAAUUGCCGCUGCCCUGCCGCCAAGAAGCGGAGAAGGAGCCGGCGGCGCUGGUCCCCCACGAGGAAGUGAGCGCCUGGGCUGCGGGAUCUCGGGAUGCCAUGAUUGUCUCCGUCUCCCAUGCCUGGGAAACGAGGGAGCAUCCAGACCCUUGCUGUUACCAGCUGAAAUGUCUGGUGGACGCCCUGGCGCUCUUCGAUGCCGCUUACUAUUCCGAUAUUUGGGUGUUCUACGACUUCGUCUCCUUGUUCCAAUUCGAACGCCAGCCUGCCGAACAGGAGAGCUUCGACCGCUCCAUGCAGAACAUGCAUUUAAUGUAUGCACAUGAAUGCACGCGGACUUUUCGCCUGGAGAAUCUGACGCCAAGCGAUGUUUGGCAGGCCAUGGAGAGCAACCCGCAGCGUAAAGUGCGAGUCUAUGAUGUUGCGAGCCAUUGCGUCCGAGACCGUGCACUCCGGGACUUGGUGGCCAACCGGGUUCCAUACCUUUGCAAAGGUUGGUGCAAAGCCGAAGUAGCGUGGUCUUCCGCGAGGGACAAUUCAGAGCUAAACCAACCGAUCUUCGGCGAUCCUCGUAGCGAUCUUGGCGGUUGGUCUUCUUAUUCCUGGUUGAAGGGCAAAGUGCCCGUGCCUCCCGAGAUUUUCGAACAAGACAUGCAGAGGUCCGAAUUCACUCAUCGGGACGAUGCCGCAGCAGUGCUGAAGCUGCAGAGGAAAAUUUUCUACUUGAAAGUUUCGGAGUGCAAACAGGCUUUGUUCUCAAACCUGGCAGAGGGUGAGUUAUCGCGGCUGGCAAGAGCCCUGCCUGCCUACAGGAAGCUUAAGAUUUUGCAGCUCGAAGACGUUCAUGUGACGCAUGCGGCGGCCGAGGAGUUCGCACAGGUGCUGGCAUCGAACGAAACCAUCAGGGAGCUUUGCCUGAAGUGUCCGCGGGGUGACGAUCGCAAGGCUCUCGUCGAGGCCGUCAUGCGGGCACUCAAGACCAACCGCACCAUCACAACCCUAAAGCUCGUGAAUGCCAUCCUUCAUGAUGACAAAUGCCAGUCCAAGUUGACCGUUCUGAUAGGAAUGCCCCCGCGAAGCACCUCGGCCAGCAGUAAGUGGGCUUGCCGAUCAAUCCUUACAAGAUACAAAGCGAUUCUCGAAUCAGAGAGACCUUGA